AUGGGAUUUGAAAGCACGGGAUGCUGUGGUGACUACUAUAGCAAUCAUAGUAGAAGAGCACCGGCAUCUUCAGUGUCUACUAGAUAUGAAUCAAAUGGUGGACAUCAAUAUUAUUGCAAUUCACAAAUAACAACAUCUAAUAUAUCAAAUAAUCAGGAUUUGACUAAUUUUAAUAAUUACAAUCAUUUGUGGAAAUUAUGCCGAGAAAGGGGUGUAUUGUUUGAAGAUAUCUCGUUUCCGACUACUAAUAAAAUAUUGUUUGGCAAACGAGAGUCAUCGAUGGUUUGCAAGAUUUCGUCAUCAAUAGUAUGGAUGCGUCCGUUUCAGUUGGUUUCGCGACCAAAAUAUAUCAAUUAUAACCCGAAUCGUCGGUUUGAUCUGGAAUUGGGAGAAGUGUUUAAUAUGAUAUCAACCAAUUUGUCUCUAUUUCACGCAAUCAGUAUUAUAUACUCAACACCCAAACUCUUUGAACGGGUUGUAAACCCUUUGCAAAACUUUAAUCCCAACACUUAUUCAGGCAUUUGGAGGUUCAGGUUCUGGAAAUUUGGACAAUGGGUCGACAUUGUCAUUGAUGACAGACUGCCCACAUAUAAAGGUCGGCUCCUGUAUAUGCAGUGCUCAGACAGCUCUGAAUUUUGGGCGGCACUUCUCGAGAAGGCAUACGCAAAACUUUAUGGCAGUUAUGACUAUUAUCUUAAACAUUGUUUUACUGCUCAGACUACUCAAGAUCUGACCGGAGGCAUUGCACAGAGCUUUACGAUAGCAAAUCACCAGCAAAUCAUAAUCCAACAGAUGAUCACAUCAGCGGUUUCUCGAUCAACACUACUGUCUGUUUGCAUCAAUCAUACUAAUAGUGAUGACAGCAACAGCUCAUCCAAUAAGUCAUAUCGACUAAGAAAUGGAUUAUACACUCAACAGUCAUAUCUAAUAACAGGAUUAACUCGCGUACGAACACCUGUUGGUGCGAUUGAGGUUCAAUUGGUUAGACUUCGGAAUAUCUAUUGUCGGGGAGAAUGGAACGGACCAUGGAGUGAGAGAUCACUUGAAUGGGAUCAACUGACAGAUAGAGAUAGAGAAGAAUUGUCUAUUCGGUGUCGAACUGAUGGCGAGUUUUGGAUAUCACUUAAAGAUUUAGUCGAAAAUUUUACAAAUCUUGAUCUCAUUCAUAUUGGACCCGAUGACUGGAUGCAGGAGGUGUCUCUCCAUCACAAACAACCAUGGAGAGCAGUGAUUGCUCGUAGAAAAUGGAAAAAGGGAUUUAAUGCCGGGGGUGGGCCCUCCUAUAAAGCAACGUUUCACACUAAUCCACAAUUUUAUAUUCAUAUACCGAGAACUGGUCCAAACAAACUACAUGUAGUCGUAUCGUUGACACAACUGUACGAAACAAACCAUGAAUUGCAAGAGUUGUCGCUACAAAACAUCGGUUUUUGUAUUUAUGAAGUGCCGCCUAAUACUAUACGACUAACCAAAGCGUUUAUUACAAACAAUGAACCGUUGGAUAUGACAGACUUUACGGCCACACGCGAGUCGGUAACGUUUUUUGCAUUACCCGCCGGUAACUUUAUUAUAGUACCCACAACCGAUCGGCCGCACUGUGAGACCAGAUUUUUCUUGAGAUUAUUUACCGAUCAGAUUACAAAUAUUUGGGAAGUUAAUGAUGAUAACAGUAUAGCCAGUAUUGAUGGAAAUAUACCUAAACUGAAUGGCUCUCAUUUAAUAUCGAGAUUGACUUCAAAAUUAGGCCCAGAGUUUGACGCAUAUAAUCUUUAUAAGUUUUUCAAAUUAUAUUCAAAACGUGAGGCAUAUUUAUUAUUAGAAAAGCCAACCAUUGAAUUGUGUCGAUAUUUAAUUAUGUUAAACGAUCUAUCAAUUAAUGGCAAAAUUACGGCUAAUUGUGUGCCAAAUCUAUUAAAUUUAUUGCAUUUUUGGCGAUCAAUAUUUACUAGAUAUCAAAUCGAUAAUAAAUAUAAAAUUUGUUGCUAUAGUUUGAGAAAUUUAUUAUAUGAAUCAGGUAUAUCGGUGUCAAACAAAGUGUUGGAAAGUCUGGUCAUUCGGUACACCGAAAGUUCAACACAUCUGACAUUAGAGACAUUUAUCAUUUGUGUCAUUAAAUUGCAUCUUUCGCACCAGCGAUACAAAUCGUUAGAAAGACAAGGAAAGCAUAAUAGCAUUACACUUGAAGAGAUGAUUUUAUCAACAGUUUAUUCGUGA